AAAGUGAUUGGUGUGAGGAAAUGUUAGGUUUGGAAAAUGGAACCUCUCUCAUCUUAUCUCUUCUGUUCUGUUCCCAAGUCCAUACACCUCACCACUGUUUCUUGUGCUAUAUUUAUGAUUCUACUCAGAGACCUUUCACACUUCCCUAUUAUUUUUUAGAGCAAUUCGAAACUCCUUUCAACUCUUUCUUUGAUCAGUUACAAGAUUCAAACUCACAACAACUGUUCCCUGCUUUUUAAAUUGCCCCCUUCCUAUUCUAUUCUCUCCUCUGUUACACUGUUGUGCCAUUUGUUCUGAUAUUCCUCAGGUAUAGAGAUGGAAGAUGAGGUAAAGGUAGCCAAAGUUGGAGAAAGCCAAAGAGAAGAUUCUUCAAGAAUUUUUCCAUGUCUAUUCUGUUCAAGAAAGUUUUACAGUUCUCAAGCUUUAGGGGGACACCAAAAUGCUCACAAGAAAGAAAGAACAGCUGCAAGGAAGGCCAAGAAGGCUUCUGAGCACUCAUGUGUUUCCUUCCCAUCCCCACUGCCAACACCUAUGGUUUUUGCUCCAACCCAUCUAGACAUCAUAAACCCUGCGAUGUUCAUCACUGCCCAUGCAGCAAAACUCCCUCAUUUGCCAAGCCAUCAAAUUUCAGAACAAUUUGGGUCAAAUGGUGCACCUAGAUUUGGCAAUGCACUAUUUUACGGGGGAAGUUCAAUAAAUCGGCUCCAUGAUGAUGGGAAGAGCUCUAACUGCAGCUGGGGGAACACAUCUCAACAUAUACAAUUGAUAAGUAACAAUCAAAAUCUUGGAAUUUGGAAUAAUGGUACAGAGAAGGAUCAAAAGCUUGAUUUAUCUCUCCAUUUGUAAGGUAUAGACUGAAAAUGAGAAGGUGCAUUAUUCUGAGUUAGGGAAUUGCGGGCCUAGUUUUUCUUGAGCCAACUGAUAGAGUUAGUUUUGGUAUGGAAUACUGGUUUUCAUUUUUUGGGUUCAUAUUUGUACCUUACUUCCAAAGCUAAAGCCCUCCUUUACUUUGGUUACUAUUGCAGGAAUUGAUUAAUAAAAAGCGAACUUUAGAAUUAAAACAUGAA